UCUACAACUACAUCUGGGACAUUGUCACACUUCAACAUUUGAGCGGCGCGAUCUCAAGCCCUUACUUGGCUGAUUUACCCUAUUUCACAUUUUCAGCACACGCUGGCCUUGGCCUGCGUGACCAGACUACUACCUCAUCUUCUUGAAUUCACCUUCCAUCAUACCCAGCGCAUCAACACAACCGCCAUGGAGCCCAGAGCGCGAGUCGGAAAGAAUCGAGGGCAGCAGAACUUCACAGAUCUAGAGCUCCAGCACUUCCUCUUCGCUCACGGCGAUGUCUCCCAGUCCCUCGACGGCACCAAAAAAGUCCUCGAUGAGCUAAUCACCGACUUCAUCACCGAACUCUGCUUCGAAGCCCACAGAUCCGCAAGUCUCGCCGGCCGUCAAAAGAUCAAGCUCGACGACAUCAGAUUUGCGUGCCGGAAGAAUCCGAUCUAUCUGGGCAGGAUUGAGGAGAUGUUGGAGAAGAAGAAGGAUAUUGAUUCAACGAGAAAGAUUGUGAAUCCUGAUGAUGACAAGCUUGCGAAAUCGGCCGUGAAGGCGAUGGAGGAGGAGUUGAAUGAAGCUGAUGAUGAUGUUGAUAUGAAUGUGGGUGGCAAGCUGGGCAAGAGCUUUGGCAAAGGUGGACACGGAGCCGGUCUACGUAGGUGAUCACCGCGUUGGAUUACCAUACAUAGGACCCAGACGACGGAUCUCAGCAUUUCCUAGAGCUACCCAUCAUAAUUCGAUUUCCGAAAUCCGGCGAUGAAGGAGAUUAUGGGACGGCACUAUAUUGGGCACAAAGAGCGUGUUACAUUUCAAGGCGUAUUGAGAGGUAUAAGCAUUAUGGAGGCGUUAGGGCAUGGGAAAUUUGCUUUGAUACCCAGCGUAGGCAGCAUUCAUCACAAAAUUCGAUGAAUUCAGAAAAUAUUUCCCGAC